AUGUCCAACUCAUCUGCCCCCCAGCCUCCGGUGGACGGCGUGCUCGACAUCAUCGGCAACACACCAUGCGUCCGCUUACGCAAUGUUGUCCCAGAGGGUAGCGCCGACGUCUACAUCAAACUCGAGUACAUGAACCCGACGGGUUCGUACAAAGACCGUCUGGCAAAAGCCAUCGUCGAGGAGGCCGAGAAAAGGGGAGAUCUCAAGCCCGGCAUGACUGUCAUUGAGGCCACUGGUGGCAGCACCGGCUCAUCCCUCGCUAUGAUCUGUAGUCUCAAGGGAUACGGAUUCCGCGCCGUCUGCUCCAACGCGAUCGCUGCUGAGAAGCGGCGCUCAAUGGCAGCCUUCGGCGCUGUUGUCGACAUCGUCCACAGUCCUAGUGGAAAGAUCACGCCGGACUUGUUUCCAAAGAUGGUUGAGCGAGCGAAGACGCUUGCUGAGAGCGACAACACCUACUACCCGGCCAACCAGUUCAGGAACACGGAUGGGGUGGUCGGGUAUAAGACGCUCGGCGAAGAGCUCCUGGCCCAGUUCCCCCAAGGCAUCGACACUUUCUGCGGCGCUGCUGGCGGGGCCGGCAUGAUCAUGGGAACGGCCAAGGUGCUCAAGGCGUCGAAGCCGGACACACGCGUGGUUGUGCUGGAACCCGAAUCUUCGCCUCUUAUUACGACAGGGAAAGGAGGAACGCACAGCGUUGAAGGCAUCAGCCCCGGGUUCCUGCCACCCCUGCUAGAUGACACGCUCUACGAUGAGGCUCGCGCGAUAUCGGAAAAGGAGGGCCGCGAUAUGUGCCGUAGGCUGGCCAGGGAGGAGGGUUUGUUGACCGGAACGUCAACGGGGCUCAACGUAGUUGCCGCGAUUCAGCUAGCGAAGGAGCUGGGCCCUGGAAAGACGGUUGUUACGGUUGCUUGUGAUACUGGGCUGAAGUAUUUGAGUGGCAAUCUGUAUGAAUAA